AUGGCCGCUAGCGUGGUUGGUGCAAGGAGCACGGCUGGAAGCAUGCUGUCCAUGACCGCCAUGGCGGCGGCGGCACGCGAGGGCGAGGGCUCGACCAGCACCGGAGGCCGCGGCCCGUUGAUCACGCAGCGCCCUCGAGACGAGCCAGGCUCCUCGAUGCUCUGUUCCCGCCACAACAGAGCAUGGCUCGGCACCUUCAAGUCGGAGCCUGCAGCGGCCGCGUCCUACGACAGCGCGGACGUCAAGCUGCACGGUGGUGACUCGCGCCGCAACCUCCCGUGGAAUGAAGUCACGGUUCGCGAACCCCGGUUCCAGGAGCAGUUCUCCACCGAAGCGGUCCUCAAGAUGAUUAAGAGUGAGCCUUACGAGUCGAGGUUCGCUGAGUACCUGCAGCUCAUGCAGUCGCCACAGGCCUCCGUGGCGGCCCCUCUCAGGGGCUUCCUUGGCAGUGGCGGCGGCGGCGGCAUAUUCUGCGAAAUGUUGUUCACCAAGGAGCUGGCGCCGAGCGACGUGAGGGAAGAUGAAUAG